AUAAUCACAAUCUAAUCAACACUAAUAUGUCUGCCCACACAAGAUUGCAUCGAAGAUAAUGGUGUUUUGGGGGACAUAAUACAUUCAAACUGGCACACCUAGAAAGGUGAAGACAGGGCAGGGGAAUGUCACAGGUGGGGGCAGAGUAAAGACGGGAUCCCCAAGGGAACGAGGCCAGAGUGCACCUCCCAUGCUCAGCUCAUCAGGGAGUCCCAGUGGCUCCACCUAAAAGUUAUAUUCAAAAUCCAACUACUUCACACGUCCUGCUACUACCACUCUCAUCUUUCAUCUGGACUACUGCAUUCGACUCGGCUCCAUUACUCCAGUUUCCACUCUGGCCUCUUUCGGCCUCUUCUGUCCCCAGCACCCACUGUGAUCCUUCUAAUGGCUUCAUCAGGUGCUGCCAUCCUCUGCUCAACACCUCCCAGCAGUUCCCCAAUUGGGCCACCGAGCAAGCUGCGGAAUCCGGUGCCAUGACCACCUUGGGCCUUGCAGGACUGCUCAACCUUGUUCCAGCCACAGCCUGGAGAACCGCAAGAUUACCCCUUUUGUGGCGUUCUUUGAGGAAAACGAGUUCUCUGGGAGGAAAGUCUGAACCUGCCAAACAAUCCCUUAAGAAGCCAAAGUUACCAGAAGGUCGUUUUGAUGUACCAGAAGGUUCCCAUUUAGAGAAAGAACCACUGGAAAAAUUUCCUGAUGAUGUUAAUCCUGUUACCAAAGACAAGGGUGGACCCAGGGGCCCAGAGCCUACUCGAUAUGGAGAUUGGGAAUGUAAAGGACGUUGUAUUGACUUUUAAGUCACAUACAAUUUUUCUGAAUAUGUACAUCUGAAUUAACUUAUUUUUUAUUUUAUUUCUUACAUAGUUUAAGGCAUCUGAUUUCUAUAAUGUGUUUAAAAAUAUAUAUGAUGGCUUUGGAAGCAAAUAUGCUACUAUAAAUUGGGAAAGAAAAUAUUUCUACAUUAGCACAUAUGACUUUAAAUCUAUUGAGGUAUGGAAGUAAUUAGAGCUGCAAACUUUUACUUCAACAUUUUUCAGUUUAAAUUAAUUAAUUGUAAGAUGAAAAUAAUUUUUUAAAUUCCAUUACCAUGUGCUAGGUAACAGUGACUUUUUAAAUGUGAAUUAAAUAAUGCAUUAUAGUUUGAGUAGGCCACAGUAACUGCAGAAAAUCUUUUAACAAGGAGCUGGAUUACUUGCUUCAAAACCUAGCUCCACUUCUUACUAGCCAUGUGAACUUGGGUAAGGUACUUACUUUCUGUAUGCAUUAGUAUCCUUAUGUGCAAAUUGGAAAUAAUAAUAGUUCCACUUCAUAGGGUGGUUUGAGGGAGAAUUAAAUAAAUAAAUAUGUAAACCACUUGGGGCAGUGUAUAACACAUACCUCUCAUUAACUGUUAGCUAUCCUUAAAUCAUAAAUAUAUUUUUCCAGGUAUUUAGACUAUCUGGGAAGGAAAAUUAAAAAACAGUAAUUUGAAAUACUUCAGUCGGAAUUGUUUUAUAUGUAUGCAACACUUAAAAAUAAUUAGUUGAAAAAUAGUGAUUAUUUGCUUGGGUGAACUGAGAUGAAAUAUGUUAAGUUUGUAAAACAUAAAAUUCAGGUACAAAGGGCAAAUACGAGAAAAGCAGGGAAUAGAAUCUGCCAAUCUAGUCAGCUUUGAUGACUCAAAAGCUCCUGUGCUAUGGCCUUUGAUAACUAGGUCAGGAAAAGUCAAGUCCAGUUUACAGAUCUGGAAUGAGGGGAGGUCAGGAAUUGCUGGGCUCCCUUAGGUGUCCUUUGUUACAGGUCCUUGGCCUCAUGUGGAUAGAGAUUGGGCCUUCAGCUCCAGGCUGCUCGUGGAUUACCCAGGAAGAAAGGGUCAGCAGACCCUAGGGAAAGCAGGAUGCCAUGGGCUGAUAAUUUUGUGAUAUUAUUUGAGAAGAUUGUAAGGAGACCUAUUUAAGAAUAUAAAUUUUUAAAAAAGUAUAUCCUACCCAGAAACAUACUGAUAGUGUGCGAAUAAGGACUAGUCAUUUGGCCUCUAUAUCAAUUGUCUCUUAGUGUUUGUUCUGAUUGCAGUUACUGUGUAUGUUGUGAAGUAAUAACCACAUUACUUUUAAAAUAUCCUAUAAUUUAAUCAGCCUCCAAUUAGCCCAGAUUAGUAAAGGUUUUUAUUAGGUUGAUUCAAAAAUAUUACUUCAAAUUAUUUUGUAUUGUAUAGUCUUGCUUGUGUUUUAUGAUAGUCAUCAUUAUAUGUGAUACAGAAAAGACAAUUUAUAUACUUCAAGAGUUGAUAUAACAACCAAAGAGUUGUAUUAAGAUAAUAGAAUCUUUAACCUCUGUUGAUAGUAAUGUAUUUCAUGACAGUUACCGAAAUAUUUAUGGUCUUUAUUUCCAUCAAACAUUAACGAAAAAACUUGAGAACUCUCAGUUUGGAACACGAGAUGAUGUGAGCUUUAUGGAAAUCUGUUGCUCAGAUCUCAUCCUUCAAAAAGAAAAGUUGACUGAGAACCCCAGCUGCUGCCCUUUGGCAUCCACUGCUAUGUUCUUACUGAGGCCAUGCUCCCCCCACCAAUGACUGAGCGUAUAGAUGCUAUUACUGCCAACCCUUUCCUGGGAUGGGUGAAUUUGGUUCAACAGCUCCCCAUAGGCCUGCUCAAAACUUUUUUAGGACUGUGCUGCAAUCCAAGACUUCCUACCCAAUUCUCAUUUUCUUUCCUCUCCUUCACAGUUGUCAGAUCCUACCUGCUCCUCCCUUUUAUCAUUCACAGAUAUGUCUCCCAAUACAUCUCUUUCACUUUUAAUCCAGUCUUGGCAUCUGUUUCUUAAAGAA